AUGGCUGGGGGUGUGUGGGGCCGGGCCCGCGGGCGCCCUGUGGGGGCCCUGACCCUGACAGCUCUGGCUGAAGGGAUCCGGGCCAGCCAAGGGCAGCCCUUGGGACCCCCUUCCACCGGCCCUCUGCUGGAGCCCAGGGAUAUCGAACCUGAGGCUGAGUCCCAGACCCAGGCAGCCACCCCCACCUCUGAGGCUGAGCCUGGAAGUGGGGCUGUUGCCCCCACCUCUGGCAGUGAGCCCUGCUCCCCCCACAGUGCCCAGGAGCCAGCCCCUGAGGGACCUCAGCAGGUCCCUCAGCGUUCCUGGGAUCAGGGGACCCUUGCUGACCUUGCGUUGUACACCGCUGCCUGCCUGGAGGAGGCCGGCUUUGCAGGGACUCAGGCGACAGCGCUCACCCUGUCCUCAGCCCUGGAGGCCCGAGGGGAGCGGUUGGAGGACCAGGUCCAUGCCCUGGUGCGUGGGCUGCUGGCGCAAGUGCCCAGCCUGGCCGAGGGGCGGCCCCGGCGGGCGGCCCUGCGGGUGCUGAGCGCACUGGCCCUGGAGCACGCGCGGGACGUGGUGUGCGCGCUGCUGCCGCGCUCGCUGCCCCCGGACCGGGCGGCGGCCGAGCUGUGGCGCAGCCUCAGCCGGAACCAGCGUGUGAACGGGCAGGUGCUGGUGCAGCUGCUGUGGGCGCUGAAGGGCGCGGCGGGGCCCCAGCUGCAGGCGCUGGCGGCCACGCGUGCUCUCGGGGAGAUGCUGGCCGUGUCGGGCUGCGUGGGGGCCACGCGGGGCUUCUACCCGCACCUGCUGCUCGCGCUGGUCACACAGCUGCACGAGCUGGCUCGCGGCACGCGCUCCCCUGACACCCCCAAGACUUGGGCCCCGUCCCACAGAGGGCCACCGCACAGCCACGCCAGCUGCGCGGUGGAAGCCUUGAAGGCCCUGCUCACUGGGGAUGGCUGCCGCAUGGUGGUCACAUGCAUGGAGCAGGCAGGAGGCUGGAGGAGGCUGGUGGGAGCCCACACCCACCUGGAGGGCGUGCUGCUGCUGGCCAGUGCCAUGGUGGCGCACGCCGACCACCACCUUCGAGGCCUCUUCGCAGACUUGCUUCCCCGGCUGCGCAGCGCUGACGACCCGCAGCGCCUCACGGCUAUGGCCUUCUUCACCGGGCUGUUGCAGAGCCGGCCCACCGCACGGCUCCUGCGGGAGGAGGUCAUCCUGGAGCGGCUCCGCACCUGGCAGGGCGACCCCGAGCCCACCGUGCGCUGGCUGGGACUGCUGGGCCUCGGCCACCUCGUGCUGAAUCGCGGGAAGGUGCGGCAUGUGAGCCCGCUGCUGCCAGCCCUCCUGGGCGCGCUGGGCGAGGGCGACGCGGUCCGCGCCUCGGCGGUCGGGCUCCUCGGGACGUUGGUGAGGCGGGGCCGGGGUGGGCUCCGGGUGGGGCUCCGCGGCCCCCUGCGGAAGCUGGUGCUACGGAGUCUCGUGCCUCUGCUGUUGCGCCUGCACGACCCCAGCCGGGAUGCUGCUGAGAGCUCAGAGUGGACCCUGGCCCGCUGCAACCAGGCCCUUCGCUGGGGCCUGCUGGAGGAGAUGGUCACUGUGGCCCACUACGACAGCCCUGAGGCCCUAAGCUGCGUCUGCCACCGCCUGGUUCAGCGGUACCCGAGCCACAUUCCCAGCUUCCUGAGCCAGACUCAGGGCUACCUGCGGAGCCCGCAGGACCCCCUGCGCCGUGCAGCCACCGUGCUCAUAGGUUUCCUCGUCCAUCACGCCAGCCCCAACCGCAUCAACCAGGACCUGCUGGACUCCCUGUUCCAGGACCUAGGGCAGCUGCAGGGCGACCCGGAGCCGGCCGUGGCCGCCGCGGCGCAUGUGUCCGCCCAGCAGGUGGCGCUGCUGGCCCGCGCGCAGGGCCGACCCCGUGGCCCCCGCCUGCUCCGCCUCGCCCGGCGCCGCGCGCGCCCCGCCCGGCCGCCGCCUGUCUACGCAAACAGCCCCUUCCAGCGCCGGAGCUUCGCGGGCCGCUGGGGCUGCUCCGGACCCCGCCGAGCCUGA